UAGAAAUGGGAGGAGAAAUGGGGGAGGUGCUCCAGCAACUUGUAAAACUGCACAGUCUCUCCACUAUGUCGAUAUAAAGGAAGUACAGAAUAAUCCUCUCUUUAUGGCUUUGCAUUUUUUAUUUUUUUUUUAAUCCAAUAUCUUUCUUCCGUUUGAACUCUUGGUUUUUACUCCGGCCUCGCUCAGGACCAAUCAGCUCAGAAAGAGGGUGCUUAACUGUCUCUCUUUUUUGGAUGGAAAGUCAGAAGUAGUUAAGAUUUCUGAAGAUGGAAAAAGGAUACCCACCACAGGAAUCAGCUCCACCAUACCCUGGUCCACCUAUGAACUAUGGGGGUCCAGGGCCUCAGCCAGGGAUGUACCCUCAGCCAGGCAUGUACCCCCAGCCAGGCACGAACCCCCAGCCAGGGAUGUACCCUCAGCCGGGCUUCCCUGCAGGACCUCCACCUGCUGCAUACCAGGGAGGUGUUCCUUUUGCUCAGGCUCCUGCUGCACCUGUCGCACAAGUGGCUCACAUAGUAGUAGCAGCACCUGCACUACAUGACGUCCCAGGACAAACUGUGUGUCCCCACUGCCAGCAGACAGUGAUCACCCAGACACAGCACACAGCCGGGCUGAUGACAUGGGCCAUCUGCGGUGGACUCGCCCUCUUUGGGUGUUUUCUUUGCUGCUGUAUCCCGUUCUGCAUUGAUUCGUGUCAAGAUGUAGAGCAUCGCUGUUCGUCCUGCCACAGAGUCAUCUACAUAUACAAACGAAUGUAAAACUAUCUUGACUGUGACUGGGGAAGAAUAACUCAUAUUAUCUAGCUAAUAACCUUACCUGCUCUAUUUGAAUACUUAAAAUAAUAAUAGAAAAUAAAAAUGCACUUAUUCCAGUCCUAUACUGUCCAUUUUGUGACUUUUUCCUGCUAUAAUUUGAAUUUUAUUGAAAUAUAUCAUGAGGCAUCACACUGUGAGGAGUUAUUAUAUUCAGUAAUCAGUGAAAUAUUUUAUUAAACAAGGGAUGUAAACCAAUAAACAUGCUUGUAGUUCUAGUA